CUACAGACAGGAGUGACCUCGACGACACCUGACCAUGCCCUCCGAUGCCUCCCUCCCCUCCCACGCAACCCCCAACCCUCCACCGGGACAUGUCCGAGACCGAGUGCGUGCUCAUGCCGCCCUCAAGAUUUUCACGGUCAUCAACUGGAUCACCAUCAUCGCGGCGAUCCUGGCCGCCAUUGCGGAGCUAUUGAGUCUAAUAUACACGAAGCCCAGGACCUUGCCAGGCUUCACUGUCCGCCUCUACUGCCUCUUCUUCCUCCUCGUCAUCGUCCUCUCCGAGAUUGAGUGGAGCAAGCCCGUCAGAGACAGCGCCAUCACCACCUCCUGGUUCUGGCGCGGCGCCUUCCAAGUCUUUGUGGCCGCCUUGGUUUACGAGAUGCAGCCAGGGGGCGACAACCUCUCCGCCGUCAAGCGGAACUUCAUCGCCUUCGCUGCCAUCGUCCUCCUGGUCGUCGGCUUCCUAUAUGCAGCAAUGGGGCUGUGUUUCGUGAAGAGAUGGAGGGACACGCAGCUGGCCAAGUAUAGGACCAUGCGGGCCCACGCCGAAAUGGCUGACGCACUCCAAAACGACGCGUCAUUGGCAGGUUCACCCCAGGCGUAAUUAGGAUUUUGCCUGAUGGUUGUGACGGUGCGUGCAGGGAGGAGUAGGGCGAGUUCCACUGGACGGAACCUGAGUCAUCGCAUUGAAAGUUAAAACUGAAAGAAAAAUCCGGCAUGCGCCAACAUUGUAGAA